UAUUGCUGAGUGCGACUGCAGUGGCCUGAAAAUAAUCACGUCUGAUAAUCCAGUGACUGACCUUGUCAACAACGAUCGGGUACGCUAACAUGCCAUCAAAUAAUUCAACGAGCGUUGUCAUUCGAUCAACUUUGAUGCCUCUUACGGCCAGCAUAGGUUGCUUGGGACCUAUUUUAACCAAGAAUGCCCGGAAUAUCAAAUCCUUGCGGGGUGGACCAUCAUAUAUUUCUGGGGACCUAUUCUAACCCGGAUUCCCCCCUGGAUGGACCAACAUAGUUGCUGGGGACCCAUUUUAACCCGGAAUGCCCAUGGGAUGGACCAGUAUUGGUUCCCGGGGACCAAUUCUAACUCGAUUUCACAUGAGUGGGACCAGCAUAGGUUGCUGGGAACCUAUUCUAACCCGAUUCCCCAUGAGUGGGACCAGCAUAGGUUGCUGGGAACCUAUUCUAACCCGCAAUCCCCAAAGGAUAUAUUGAGGAUAAUUCUGCGCCACAAUUGAAAAUAUCUCCUUUUCCACGUCCCGAGAUGAGCGAUGCAUCAUAUUUCAAUAGACACAUGAAUAUCCUAUUUAUUAUAUAAUGUUAUGUACUUCAAUUACCCAAAACAAUUAAAACGCAAAAUUUCCCUUCUCCCUACUAUACACAUUGACCUUUUCAGACAUAGCUGCACGCAAAUAAUAUCAAUCAUAUUAAACAUAAAAUACGUGAACUUUAUAUUAAAUAUCACUUUUAUAACCUUUAGAAAUCUCAGUCGUUCACCCUUAAGUAUAUAAUAAUAGCCAUUAAUCAAGAGAAGAAAAAUUAAAUAUAAAAAUUUGUUAUAUCAUAGCAGUUAUAUCAAUUACAUCUGUAAUAUUUAAUUACUUCAGAGUGUUGUUUUCGGUAGUUUGUAUCCGUUUGUAUCUGUAAGGGAUUGCUGAAAGUAAGUAUAAACAUUAAAGGAAUGACUCACUAUCAAUAGGGACGCUCACUGUUUUGUGGUCUCGCUGAUGCAGCUGAUAUCCAUGGUGAUAUUGUCAAUGACACUGAUGGAUAACAUCAACGUGAAAUCCACAGAAAAUGCAAACAGUGGUACGGGAGACUCCCAGCUCGCGACGAAUGUAUUUUAAUGAGUAAUCAAUUUUGAGAAAUAGUGAAACAGGGAACCAUUAACACAAUUAUUGACAAAAAGCUUCACAAUCACAUUACUCUUUGUUUUGUUAUGGGUAGAAUGGGUGGGUGCAAACUCACAGGGAGUGUAGAAACACAGUGGUAUUGAGCCCACUGUGGACAUGUAACUUGUUUCUGAUUUUGUGCGUGUUGUCAAUUCAUUUACGCACGACACGUACCGGAUGACCUGUCAGUCAAUGCUGGCCUGAGCAGGACAUCUGAUACAGCUGCAUAGAAGCUCCACCUGCCUUGUCAUCUGCCCCAUGCUGAGAUCAUGAUGGGGAUGAAGAAGCCAAGAUAGCGAAGAUCAUAUAGAGUGUCAGGAUAUUCUUCAUAGAAGAGAUGAAUGUGGACGAAAAUAUGACUGACACUACCACAGCCGAUGCAAAGAAACAUUCACCAACGUAUGGAUUGAAAGAUCUGUGGGAUGAAUUUAGUCACUCCACAGGCAUUCAUGCAGUUGAAAAGAUUAAAGCCCCUUCUAUCAACCCAUUCAGCGUUCGUGGGUUGAUGUGGACGUUAGCUAUAUGUACAACUACAGCGUUCCUCAUCUAUAACCUUAUCGAGGAGUUUGGGAACUACUACAGCUACCCCAUUGUCACCAAGGUCACAUCCAACAUCAAGCAUUUCAUCGAGUUCCCCGCCGUCACCAUCUGCAACCGAUGCACACUAAACAAAACUCGUCUUGACGUUUACCCAGAAAUGGAGAGCUACUUCGCCAAUACUUCUCUUCAACGGAAUAUAAAUUUCACAUUUCCUACACCAACUUCAGAUGUCUUUCAGAAUCCAUUGUCUUUAGAAUGGUGGAGGAAUAUGUCAAUGGAAGGAUCAAAGAUGUUGGUUCAAUGUGCCUUUGGUAGAGACAACUUUGAUUGCAUGACCGAGUUCCGACCUGUUUUCACUACUCAAGGAUUGUGCCAUUCCUACAACUUCAAUGUCACUGAAAUUGUCAAAGUUUGGACGGCAGGAGACGACGCUAACCUGAUCGUCACAUUCAACAUCCACCAGGACGACUACACAUUCAGGGCUAACAUGGCCGCGGGGAUUAAAGUAAAUCGCCCCCUUUCCGAGUGGAUCAGUGAUUGAGUUGGGUUUAACGCCACUUUAUUACAAACUGAUGAAGUAAACAUCAGACCCGUGAAGAUCCGGGCGAGAACAGGUCUUCUGCAACCCAUGCUUGCCGUAAAAAGCGACUCUGCUUGUCGUAAGAGGCGUCUAACGGGAUCGGGUGAUCCACACAAUUGGUAUUCAACAUCUCACCAGAUGUGUUCAUCCUUGAUGUUUACUUUGCUUGUUAGAUUGUUUGUUUGUUGUUUACGCCGCACUCAGCAAUAUUCCAGC